UGGGACCCAGCACCGUCCUGCUGCGGAGCCCGCGUUCCGCCCUCCGUGCCGCCGCCGCCUCCUGCGGGAGGGGGAGGUGGUCGGGAGGGCGCAUCGCGGGGCCGUCCUGGCUCCAGGCUGGGCGCGACCACUAACCCGUGAAUGACCUCGGGCUUAACUUAACCUCUUCGUCGCUCUGGCCCUUGGUUUCUCCACCUGUGAAAUGAGGUAAUGCCAGCCCUGCGACUCCUCAUCGGCCUGUACGGAGCAUCAGAGGAGAUAGUGCAUCAGAGGAGAUAGUGCAUGUGGAAUUGCUUUGUGAAUUGCGCUGCGCUGAGCACACUGAAGGAUUAGGAUUGCUGUUUCAAGGAAUGAAAAGGGAAAGAGGGCAGGGUGGAGAACAGGACCAGAGCAGUCACAGAGGGUUGCUCAGACCCCAGGCCCCUCUGGAUGGGGAGUGAGGCCUCCCCUGCUCGGCUGUCUGGCCUGCUGCUGAUCCCGCCAGUACAGCCCUGCUGUUUGGGGCCCAGCAAGUGGGGGGACCGGCCUCUUGGAGGAGGGCCCCGUGCAGGCCAUGUGCAAGGACUGCAGCGGCUUCUGGAACAGGCGAAGAGUCCUGGGGAGCUACUGCGCUGGCUGGGCCAGAACCCCACCAAGGUGCGCGCCCACCACUAUCCUGUGGCACUUCGUCGCCUGGGCCAGCUCUUGGGGUCUCAGCCUCGGCCCCCUCCUGUGGAGCAGGCCACACUGCAGGACUUGAGUCAGCUCAUCAUCCGAAACUGCCCCUCCUUUGACAUUCAUACCAUCCACGUGUGUCUGCACCUUGCAGUCUUACUUGGCUUUCCAUCAGAUGGACCUCUGGUGUGUGCCCUGGAGCAGGAGCGAAGGUUUCGCCUUCCUCCAAAGCCACCUCCCCCUCUGCAGCCUGUCCUCCGUGGUGGACAAAGGCUAGAAGCUGCUCUGAGCUGCCCCCGUUUCCUGCGGUAUCCGAGGCAGAAUCUGAUCAGCAGCCUGGCAGAGGCAAGGCCAGAAGAACUGACUCCUCAUGUGAUGGUCCUUCUGGCCCAGCAUCUCGCUCGGCAUCGGUUGCGGGAGCCCCAGCUUCUGGAAGCCAUUGCCCACUUCCUGGUGGUCCAGGAAGCCCAGCUCAGCAGCAAGGUGGUACAGAAGCUGGUCUUGCCCUUUGGGCGGCUGAACUACCUACCCCUGGAGCAGCAGUUUAUGCCCUGCCUUGAGAGGAUCCUGGCUCGGGAGGCAGGGGUGGCACCCCUGGCCACAGUCAACAUUUUGAUGUCACUGUGCCAGUUACGGUGCCUGCCCUUCAGAGCCCUGCACUUUGUCUUCUCUCCGGGUUUUAUCAACCACAUCAGUGGCACCCCUCACGCUCUGAUUGUUCGACGCUACCUCUCCCUGCUUGACGCGGCUGUGGAGCUGGAGCUCCCAGGAUACCGGGGCCCCCGCCUUCCCCGAAGGCAGCAAGUGCCCAUCUUUCCGCAGCCACUCAUCACCGACCGUGCCCGCUGCAAGUACAGUCACAAGGACAUAGUAGCUGAGGGGCUGCGCCAGCUGCUGGGGGAGGAGAAAUACCGCCAGGACCUGACUGUGCCUCCCGGCUAUUGCACAGACUUCCUGCUGUGUGUCAGCAGCUCUGGUGCUGUGCUUCCUGUGAGGACCCAAGACCCCUUUCUACCUUACCCACCAAGGUCCUGUCCACAGGGACAGGCUGCCUCUAAUCCUACGACCCGUGACCCUGCCCAAAGGGUGGUGCUGAUGCUGCGUGAACGCUGGCAUUUCUGCCGUGAUGGCAGGGUGCUGCUGGGCUCCCGUGCCCUGAGGGAGCGGCACCUGGGCCUAAUGGGCUACCAGCUCCUGCCGGUGAGAGGCCCCACCCUACCCGGUCCUCAUCCUCAUCCCUGCCAUGCAGGUAACCCAGUGUCCUCUCCCCACAGCUGCCCUUUGAGGAACUGGAGUCACAGAGAGGCCUGCCCCAGCUCAAGAGCUACCUUAGGCAGAAGCUCCAGGCCUUAGGCCUCCGCUGGGGGCCUGAAGGAGGGUGAGGGGAUGCACAUGGGGCUCAGGAUGGCCCCCCUAUGGGGGGUGGACAAUUUGCACUUUGGAUCCCUAUGUUUUGAUUUUUCAUUAAAGUCCCUUUCCUUCCC